GAUGCUCCUCCCUGGGCGCUCUCCUCCCCGCCCUCUCCCGGCCGGUCUGCGGAUCGCCCCCCCUCCCCAUCCUCGGCCGCCGCUUCCGCGGGGUCCCGCCGGACGACACACCUCUUUUCCCCAACCCAAAGCCUCCUUCCCCUCCGCCUGGCCCCGCCCCGCCCCUCUUUUGCCUUGGCAUCGUCCCCUCGUCCUCCUGCUCCCGGCUUACUUUGGCUUCAGUUUUAGGAAAGGUGGGGUGGGGGGGGGAGAAGCCUCCCCAGCCCUUCUGCACCUGGUCUUUGGGAGCGGACCAGCUGUCAGGACGGAGCCUUUUUCUUCCUUCCUUCCCCCCACCCUUUCCCUUCACCGAGCUGUCAUCCUCAAGAUCUGGAUUCGUUUUUGGGGAGAUCCAUCCCUUUCGGAUCCAAAAGGCUUUCUGCUUCCAAUUCUGCUUCUGCCUUUUUUGCAGCUUUCUCCAAAAGAGAGGGAGAGAAAAAAAGUGGGCUGUCCUUGGGGUUUUUGCAAGAGGGUUCUGCUAUUGUUUUGCACCCCGCGCCUUGGAGGGUGCACAUCUUGGAUUGAAUUGGUAGGAGUCCUUCCUCUCUUGCUUCCACACAAGUUUCAUGGCCACAAAGAAUACAAUACGUGAAUAAUAACAUCUCACAGGUGACCUAUGCUGGUUUCCCAGUGGUUUGGAUCUACUAGAAGCUCCUACCAGCCUAAUGCCAUGAAUGUUGAAGUGGACAAUGUGGAAGAGAAAGCUGUCCAUUCCUGGUCAAGGAUCUCCUCUGCAGGACAGAAAGCCUUGGAAGAAGCUCUCCGGGUGUUUAACCCCAUGUCCAAGGACCUGUCCGACACGGAGACCCAGUUAGUAUCUUUUCUCCAAGGCCUUAAAGAAGAAGGCUACCAACCCACAGUCCUAAGGAGCAAAGACGUGUAUGGAUACAGUUCCUGCACUGCCAAUGCACCUAGCCAAACAAAAGGCAAUAUUCAAGACGUUUCGGAAGCAGCUGUUCCCAUUUCAGAGUCUGCCAAGGCUCCAGCAAGGAACAUAGUAACUAUAGAAAAAGUAUCUGCCCCCUUGGCGGGGAUUACAGUGAGUUCUUCUAAAGAAUCUGCAAAGCCAAUGUCAAAGAGCAGUAACUCCACAAACCUCCUAUUGAACUCCUUGAAACGGACACGUUCGGGCACAUCCAAAGCCUCAGCAAUGAGCUUCCCGGCUAAUAUGUACCCUGGCGUCUAUCCGGCCAUGAGGCUGUCAGUGGUGCUGGAAGCCUUAGUCCCAUUGAAAGCCACUGCCUCUUGUUUGGAAUCAAAAUGCAAACAAGGGCACCUGGAGAUGUCUCCUUCGGACCUUAAGCGGCUCAAAGCACCCAGUGCAUCCGUGCAGUCUUCAGCUGUGAAGGCCACUAAGAUAUCGUCUAAUCAGUUGGACCCCAAAGGAUACAGGCAUUUAAUAACAAAAGUGCCAGACUCUGCUGCUCUCACAAUGAGCCUUAUAAAAGGACCAAAGGGUGGGGUGCUUCAGGAAAGCAACGCUUGUAAAGCAUCUGGAAUCCUGAACGGCCGAAUUUCUGGGAGCAACUCCCAGAGCUGUAGCACGGGGGCCUCCAGAAUUAAGGAACCAUCAGUGGCCAAAACUGAAUGGAGAAGUGGUGGCAGCCAUCAGCAGGCGAUUGGGGAGAAAAGAAGUGCAGAUGAAGGAAAAGAGUUACCGUGUAGAAAGAGGCCCGGUUCUGUCCCACCGCCUAAUAAACCAGAACUGGCUUCGAAAGCGUUAAACCUGCUGACAUUCCAGGCCAUCAAAGUGGACAGCUGUUCAGAUGACGAACUGAGGAGGAGAGCACAACAGAUCCUUAAAGUUAACCUGUCCCCUGUGAUCAGAAUUCAGCCAUUGCCUCAAUCUCUCAGCAUUCCUUGAGUCAUUCGGUUGAGUUAGAGCUCCAAGGCCACCCCAUGAGGAUGAUCAAAUGAGCAUCGAGUCUCUCGGACUGGGUGAGGGCAUAGGCACACGUCUGUACUCCUCGGGCAGCUGAGGCUCAGCUCCUGGCUGGCAAUUGGGGGGAAAUUCUGCAGAGCUGAGCAACAAUUGGAUUACAAAACCGUGUUAAGAAAUACCGGAGGAGAUCUUUUAAGGCCCCGUUGAGAAGAAUAUAGACCAUCACUGGCCUUCCUCUGGGACACUUUUCUACAGUACUUUUGUAAACAUGGCAAAAGUGCACAUCUGGGAUAUGGCGGCACUUGGGCUGUUCUUGUACUGUGAUAUUUCUGGUUCCUUUUUAUUUUAAAAUCUGUAAAUCUACUUGGUUUUAUUUUGAUCCUAUUUUAUAUACUUAUUAAAUAUAAAUAUCUAUUGACUCAUACAUAUGCAUUGCCCAAGGGCUGUCAGAAUGUGAUCCCUUAAUUCUUUGUUCUUUCUUUUUCAAGAACUGGGUUCAGAAGUUUUCCCCUCAGCUUUUUCUCCCCGGGUUACUUGUUGACAAAACACAAAGGCCUUUGCUUGCCUGUAGCAUUUGCCUCUCUUUUCUCUAAAACCUAGUGGCUUGCUGUCAUCUACUAGCCCCUGGUCCUGUUUAUUGCCAUUAUUGUCACGUCUUUGCUGACCAGAGUGAAAAAGUACGUGACAGCUGGAGGAGUGUUCCAAGUCCACAGGAAGGGAGAGCUGGAGAAACAUCCUUUCUCUAAUAUGCUCUUUCUCUUUUGGAAGAGAUUUUUUUAAAAAAUAAUCUCCCAACGGAGUAGAGAGGGAGAAAGAUCGUUUCAUAUCCCAAGCAUGGAGGCAUUGCUUCUUGGUUCGAGAAGACAGAUGCAAUCCCCAGUUUAUCCCAGAUAAUCCAAGAAUGUUGUCCAAGUGGCUAUUGCCACAUUUGUGCCACAGAGGCAGGAAAUACCUCUUCUGAAUAUACUUUUUGAAGACUCGGUGCCUCUUUACGGUGUUCAUCUUGAGGGUGGGGGGUGGGGGGUUAAUGUCUGCCAAUCAACGUUCUGUAUUCUUCUAUGUAUUGGUCUCCUUUGGGGGAUCGUUAAUGGAACCCAGCGAGAUUGUUAACAUCGUGUCCCUCUUGUUAUUUUUGUUGGUUUAAAUGAAUCCCCCGGCUGCUUAUGAGCCUAAGAACUCGAUAAAAAAAACCCUGGCAAAUAAUAUUUUCUACUGCAAUUGUCACGAAGCAUUUCUGCAGUCAGAGACAUUUCAAGUGAACCUGGCCUGUAGACAUUGGGCUUUUGAAUGUAUCGGCUGCAGGUCUGAACAGGCUGUGUUAUAUCUCCUUUCGCACAAGCAGGAGGUUUUAGGACUAGAUGUAGGGAUGGUUGGGUAUGAUUUUCAUUUUUUUUUUUUUUUGUCCAGUAUUGCAAAUGUGGAGCUAAAUUAUAGUAGAAAUUUCUGGCCUAAAACCAUUGGAGAAAGAGAGACUUGCCAGUUCUUUCAGUGUUUCAGAAGUGUAAUUUUACAUUUGCUUUGUGCCACAUCUACUCUUAUUUUACCACCAUGAUUAUUAUUUCUGCUGGGAACAAUGGCAGUAAGAGUUAAGUGAAAGUAUUGAGAACAGUGUGGGAGAGCCUAUUUUCCUUUAAGGUUGCAGUACUCAGACUACCAAAAGCCACUACAAUCAAAACUGACUUCUUUUUUUUUUUUUUUUUUUUCAUGUGGUCUUGAUGUUAGGCGGCGUAGUGGUGUAAUUUCUCUGCUGCUUCUCAGUGCAGUUUAAGUUUUGUUCUGUUGACUGAUGUUUAAAUAAAUUGUAAACACUUGCGUUGCUUGAAGGCAAUUGGGCUUUACCAUUUAGGUUAGCCCAAACCAAUAACCAUGUUCCAACUUUUGCAAACUUAAGCUAAUGGAUUUUGGAAGUAGAAAUCGGGCAUGCGCCAUCGCAAACAGCAGCUGGCGAUGGCGAGCGGUAAUGUUUUUAAGCAUUAAAGCCCUGAAAAUUUC